CGAAACGAAAGUGCCAAAAGAACAGGUAAGACCCCUCUUAUCAAAUUUGAAAAGGGGAACCAUUUGAAAAAAAAAAAAAACCUUUUUUCAGAUACCCAUGAGAAAGUAGGAUCAGUCGGCUUCUCAUCACCGAAGUCUCUAAGCCUUUUAAACUCUGACAAUAAAAAUUAUAGUUUUGUGUUGGAUUUUAUAGCGCCAUUGACAACGCUUUGGUUCAAUUAUGAUAAAAAUCAAUCUUUGCUAAGACAUGAACUCGAUUGAGGCCCGAAACAAGCAUCGAUCCGGGAGACACAUCCCGAGGGAUGCAGCCGCUGGCUCCGUCUCCAUUGUAGAAAUGCUCAUCGGUCGCAAAGGCAGCAUAAGCCACAUCACCCGGUCCAUGCAUGUGGCCGCAUCGGCGGCUGCCCGACGCAGCAAACUGUUUACUUCCGGCGAAUCCUCGGAUCCCACGGAUUUUUCCAGCAGCAGCACCAAACAGCGGUUUCCAUGGGGCAGUCGCAAGGCCUCCAUCAGCCACCAAUCCAAGGUGCGGGAAUCGAUGGCAGCUGCUGGGAAAAAACGACCCACAAACUCUGUAAAGCUUAGCGAACAGCGCCGGAGCAGUCUGGAAAACUCUGCCCAGACGGAGGGACGGAGCACGAUCAGCCAUGAUAGGCGCUCAAGGACGCAGGUUUACACGCAUCCUAGUAUCUCGCAGCCACGGUCGACGCGGAUCCAGUCGACAAUAAACGAGGGAAGAGAUAGCCAAUGGAGGCGGACUAUCGCGGACGACUACUCGCGUAAGAAGUCCCACACCCAAUCAGUUCAAUUUAAAACGGCUCCGAUUGUGUUAGUCAGGAAGACAGAGACUGGUGACAGACUGGUGAGUGCAACCAAGUGCAACUCGGGGCACGAAGGCCGAAAGCUUCUGCAGGAACGCAUGAUGGUGGGGGUGGACGUCCUAUUCAAGUUACUCUUCACGCCAUCACAGUUCCUGCAGAGCUUCCACGACAAACGCCAGACGACGGACCUUCGCAUGGGAAACUGGUCCAAGAACGCCAGUGGCCAGAACGAACGCACCGUUACCAUGACCGUCGCCUUGGCCGCCAAUGUCGGUCCCAAAACGGCAAAGGUCACCGAAACUCAGACGUUGCGAGAGUGCAGCCAGCCGGGACAACUCUAUUCGAUCGAUGUGCGAAGCGUCAACGCGGAGAUCCCCUACGCCGAUACCUUCGAGGUGCAAAUCCACUUCUGCUUGAAGGCGACCGUGGAUAACGAGACCGACGUGCUCAUUUUUGCCCAGAUCAAGUUCGUCAAGUCCGUCUGGGCGGUGGUAAAGGCAUUCAUCGAGAAGAACGCAUACGCGGGCCUGGACGAGUUCGCCCAGUCCCUGUUCAGUGCUCUGCUCAAUGAGAUCAAGAAGAUGUGAUUGAUUGUUGACCCUUUGACGCCGACCCACCGUCACUCGAGUUGAAAAUACCGUCCCUAAAUAUAUAGAGAAUCGACUGUA